CGGGCCGGGCCGGGCGGACUCGCAGCCGCGUCUGGAGCGGGCCGGGCGCGGGGCCAUGGACAGCCCCGCCGUCACCUUCACUCUGGCCUACCUGGUGUUCGCCGUCUGCUUCGUGUUCACCCCCAACGAGUUCCGCUCGGCCGGGCUCACCGUGCAGAACCUGCUGGCCGGCUGGCUGGGCAGCGAGGACGCGGCCUUCGUCCACUACCACCUGCGGAGGAGCACCGGCACCAUGCUGGCCCACGGCCUGCUGCCGCUCGGUUAUUACGUUGGCAUGUGUUUUGCAGCACCAGAGAAACAGCUUUUCUAUUUUUACCAGGCCUCAGAAGGCUGGAAAAUUUUCUUCUUGCUGGCUAUUCUUGCUCCAACAGUCACCGGCCUCCUGGCAUAUUACUGGUCACAAAACGGCUGGGAUAACCAUCCUUUAGCUCGGACACUUGCCUUUCAUGCUCUUCCACAGUCUGGUUGGCGGGCAGUGGCUUCUUCCAUCAAUACAGAAUUCAGGAGGAUUGACAAGUUUGCUACUGGAGCACCAGGAGCAAGAGUGAUUGUUACAGACACUUGGGUGAUGAAAGUGACCACCUACAGUUUACAUGUUGCCCAACAGCAGGACAUUCAUCUGACAGUGACAGAUUCCAGACAACAUGAACUCUCACCUGAUUCAAACAUGCCCGUGCAGUUCCUCACCAUCCGUGUUGCCAGUAUUAAUCCCUAUGUGAAAGCUUUUGAUAUCCGGUUGAACUCCACAGAGUAUGGGGAACUACGAGAGAAACUUCAUGCUCCAAUCCGUAAUGCAGCUAACGUUGUGAUCCAUCAGAGCCUCAGUGACUUGUUUCUGGAAACAUUUAUAUCGCUGGUGGAAAUUAAUCCGACAUACCCUGUUCCCAGCAAUCAGGAGCUGGAGCCAUGUAUAGGGUGUAUGCAGGUGAAUGCAAAUAUCAAGCUUGUUAAAAAUUGCCAAGAGCCAAACGAAGGAGAAUGCCAGCAAUGCUACUGUCGUCCUAUGUGGUGCCUGACUUGCAUGGGGAAAUGGUUUGCCAGCCGGCAGGAUCAGCAGCACCCAGAGACCUGGCUAUCAAGCCAAGUGCCUUGUCCAACCUGCCGAGCCAAGUUUUGCAUUUUGGAUGUUUGCAUAAUACAAUGAAUAAUAUCUUGGUACAAUUUACCUUUUGAAAUCUGAUUGUACUCACAGCAGGGUUGGAUGCAAGCCCCAUUAGAUUUGUUUCUUGCUCUUCUGCUUCUGAAAAGGUAAAAGCUCUGGAGUUUUCUUCUUCAAAGCCCUGAAAAUGGCAACCCAACAUAUUCUUUUCAGUUUUUCCCACUCCACAAAUGUGUUCUCAGUUUUUAUUCACUAACAUAACAGUUAAAAUUUUAGAUUGUUGAGUUUUGUGGGGUUUUUUGCUUUUCAUUUCCAAAUUCUUGGAUGCACUUUAAACCAAUAAUAGUGCCCCAUUUGCUUCCCUUAUAUCAGAGGUGAAAUCCUGGUAAAGUAGCUAUAUUUUAAGUGCUAUUCUAGGUACAAGAUUAAGCAUUGGUGUUUAAUGAUUCUUUAGCUAAGGGCUAAUUUUCCUUUAUAAUACGAUGUACUAAGCAAGUUGCUAUUGCUCAAAUCGCAACCUACCUUUCUUCAUCUUGAAUCCAUUUGUAAAGUCCAUGUUAAUCUUUGUGGGCUUUCCUCAAAACAGAUGUCUCAGUGUUGUGUUUUUCCUUUCCACCAAAACAGGCCCACAGGUCAACUACUAUAGACAUCUAGGAAAUUACGCUCCCAAAGUUCUGUAACUUCUGCAGGAUGCUUAGCGCAAAGAAGAAUAUGAAAUAAUUUGUUUCCAGAUAUAUUUAGUAUACAAGGAAGCUCAUUCAAAAAGGGUUGUUUAUUCAGUUCAUUAACCUGAAGUGCUGUUGGUGCUGUUUAGAGUAUCUUGUAGCUAAAGCUAUUUUUUCCCUGUUUGGAGUCUCAACACUCUCUAGCUAACGCUACUGUUAAGCAUGACUUAUCCAUAUUUGGAAGGAGAGCAGUGAUCAUCUCAAUUUUCUGAGUAAUCCAAAAGACCGUUCGGCUGUGUCAAAACCUGUAGCUUUUUCCUAGGCAACUGCUUUUCCAAAUGAAUGGGAUGUCAGGCCUGGAUAAGAAUGUGUAGCCAUGCUGGCUAUUUCAGGUAUGACCAUUAUUAGUGAAAUGGGUUUUGGUUUUGGUUUGUUUUUUUGCUUUAUUUUGAAGCCUGAUAAUAAACAUUUAUCACUGCUUUAACAUGAAUAGGAGAAUUUUGCAUACCUCUUAGCAUGUGUCUCCACCAGGCUCAUUUGUCAGCAGGUUUUGCGCUGUUUGUAGCAGUGAUUGAAGCUGUAGUAUAGUGUGGAUUAGACAACACGGUGGUAAAAAUGCCUAUGCUUUCCUAUACUACAGCUUCCACAAUGGAACUGCACCAAUCCAGAAAGCCUAGAGAUUUUCCUGGUGCAGACUAGACCUUAGUACUAGCGCCUGUGUGGCCUUGCCUAUUCUGACACUUUCCUUAAAACCUCCUACUGAUGCAGCUCCACAAGGGGUAGAUAGUAGCAGUGGGAGUGUAGACAAGGUGCUAGUGAUUGCCAGCAUUUGAAUCACUGUAGGUCAUGUAGGACCACUUUGAGCAGAAGUAGAUGGCAUAGUGUAAAACAUGAUAGCAGCCACUCUACACUAGAGCUCUCACCAUUGGUAACAAUUAUGCUUUGAAGAAUUAGAUUUUUAUUGGUAAAUGUCGGUAAACGUUGAUUUCACCCUACAUGCACAAAGUGAUGACAAAAUAUUUCCAGCAAUACUAACUGAAAUUUAUAGAUAGGCAAAGUGAGAAAAAUGCUGCUUGAGAACUUAUUAGAGUCCCACCUCAAUGUGUAUAGAGCAUGUUGUAAUGCUGGCUUUAGUGGAGCUGGAGCACGGAUGCCAUUUAGGUAUCUUUGAAUGUUGAAUCUCAACAUCUACUGUCAUAAAAUAAUUAUUGUCUGGACCACCACCAUCCUCUUCUUCCCCCUCCCCUCCCUUUCCUGCAAAGGUGAAAAUUUAAAUAAAUAAAAAUCUAAAAAAAUGCUUAAAAAUAAACCUUUGUAUUAUCUGCCAAAAUUAUUUAAAAAAAAAAAAAAAAACAGUUCUGCCAAGCAUAGUAAUACAAGCAGUGAGCUGCAACAGUGGGAGAUUUCAUUUAAACUUUGCUGUAGCCACAGCCUGUAUGUAGACACAAACCAGACAUGUCAAGAACUGGUUACAAAUAUGGUUAAAACUUGUAUUGUGGACAGGUUUAAAGGGCACUUAGAAAUGACAUAGACACCUCUUUUUCUGUUUUAAUAUUCAUAUAUAUAAACUGCCAGACUAUUUAUAUUUGGGGAAAAUACUCACUUGAGCAUGCAUCACAAUUGUUAGGCAUUCACUCUUUACUAUGAAAUACUGGCUACUAUUUAUACUAUAUAUUAAUUAAUAAGGAUGAUUUUCCUGGGUUUCAUAUCUCAGCUGUUUCAGAUCGUAUGGAAUGGAAACUUGACACGGAGGCUGGCCAUGUGGAUCUGAAUCUCUUUCAUAAAAAAUUGCUAACUGACAUCAGUUUUUUUUAUUUGACUAGAAUCAAAUUGAAUUCCUUAGCUUCAGGCUUGUGCUAAGUCUGAAAAAAAAAAUCACAACACUAACUAAUAAUUUAAAAUACUCUCCAGUAGUUUGGGGUGAGGUUAUUUUGAACUGACAUUUACAGUAUUCUUUCAGACUACAUUAUUCAUACUACACAGUCUUAGUGGGCUGAAUUCUGCUCUCAGAUAGGUGUGUGCAUUUCCCCUCUGUAAUAAUUUUUGCAAAUAAGGAUAAUUUAUUAUUUAUUUCAAUCAAGUUUGCACAACAUAGUUGUAAGGAGGUGUGGUCUUUGAUGGAGUAGGUUAGCAGGGAAAUGAGAGUCUGAACUUGGCUCUCCCACUGACAGUCAGUCAAUUUCUAUGUCUGUUUUCCCAUUUGGAAUAAUAAUCUUCUACUGGAGAGGUGUUAUGAAGCUUAAUUCAUAAGGGAUUUGAGAUCCUUGGAUGAAAAGCACUAUAGAAUUGCAGAGUAUUUUUUAAUAAAGUAAAAAUAAGAUGAUUGUCAGUAGGUCUUUUUAAUAAGAGCUUUCCUAUCUGAGCAGUUUGCCCAGUAGAUUCACUGUAUAUUUCUUUAUUUUUUUAACUAUAAAAAGCUUCUCUUUGAGGUGAUUGGAAGUUUUAAUUUCAGUGGAUCUUUGUGUCAUAAGAAUAGAGCUUAGUGUAACACUUUAUAAUAUUGUAGUAUACCAAAUGCACUAAUACACAUAAAUGUAAAAUAGUCUUGCAUCUUUUAAGGGUAGUGCUGUAUCUAUAGAAGUACAGUGUUUUUCAAAUGCGGCCACUGUGGCCACAUGCAGUCACCAGAGUGUUUUCCUUUGGCCAUGACAGCCCCCUGGGCAGAGAUGGGGGAGGGAUCAAACAGAAACCCCUCCCUGCAGUGUCCAGGUGCUCCAGGAGAGGGCGUCAGCCCUCCUCCUUCCCCCUUCAGCUGCAGGACUCCAGAGGCUGGCUUCAGCCUCCUCCCCUGGUUCAGCCAGAGGUGGCCUUCAGCCCCCCCUGGGGCUUCAGCAGUGGGCUCCAUGCUUCAGCCCCUCCCCCUGCCACUGUUCAGCUGCGGGGCUCUGGGCUUUACCCCUGCCCCAGCUGGUGAGGCUUCAGGCCCGCUCCCACCCUCCCUUGGCUCCAGCUCUGGGCUUCAGCCCAGGGCAAUGGGGCUUCAGCAGGGCUGGCCUUAACAGGCACUGAGGUCAAGAGGCAUGGAGUGGGAUGAGCCUGAGGUGUGAGGCCAUGGGGGGGCAGGGGUGAUUGAGAGCCUGGGGAGGGAUCUGUGGGGCCUGGGGGUGGCAGCAGUGGCUGAGACACCAAAAUACAACUGUGCAUUAUUUUUAUUAUUGAGUCGGCGGGGGCGGAGACUCCAUAAAUAAAUUACAAUGAUUUGGACAUGCAUAUGUGCUUAUUUAUUUGUUUUUCCUAAAGUUAAUUAAGUAUUUUACGAAAAUUUGUCAAACUGGCCACCAGCAAGAGUUGGUGGCCACACUCUGAGGCCAUCAAAAAAUUUGUUGUGUGAACCCCAGUCUUAGAAGACUCACUAAUAUUUACCAAAUAAAAUGGUUUUUGUAAUGUCAUGAAUACUAAUUGACAUACAUUCUUUAAAAUAAACAACUUCUGACGUUUAGAUUGUUUGAAUGAGUCCAACAUGCUUCUAAGUUCUACAAGCAUCUUAUUGGAUAUGUUAGACUAGAGCUAGUAGAAAAUGAGAAAUGGGCCAAUGGCCUCUUACUACACAACCCCCCCUAACUUUUUAAUUGACUUGCAUACUUUAAUGGUGACUAUGUGAAUAUAGUGUAGCAAUGGACAUCCAUUUUUGUGGCUUCAUCAGGUCAAUGGCCUGAAGAGUAUAAGGAGAAAUAAGGUCCUUUUUCUCAUUUCCACGGAAAGUAAUAACUUGCACUGAAGAAUCGCUUUAAAAGUAUUUUCCAUCCACCCUGUCCUGUUAACAUGCCUAAGCAUAAAAGCAAUAUUUAGAACAGUUCUAUUUACUGUUCAUCUUUAAAAAUAGCCAAACUCAUUUUGUAAAAUCAAAUAUUUAUUUAUAGAAUAAUCAUUUCCUGGAAACGGAUUUAAGGUGGAAAUCCUAAAAGUGUGUGUGCACGUCUACAUUCCCUUGUGCGUACACAAUAUCAGUACUGUAUAUUUGAGUACAAAUCCCCCGUUUCCAUGCACAGGAACGUUGGGCAUGCAUUUCUGAAAAUUCAGGCAUUAGUUACACUAGUUUGUGCCACUGCCAUAGUGUAAAUAUUUAAUGUCUAGAGACUUGUGGCAUUUAUAUUCCCAUUAACGGCAGAAGUGUGUCCAUUUAUUGUUGUCAAGCAUAAUGUGCUGUGCUAGAAAUGGCAUUUUGUCCAGCCAAGUAUGAUUUUUUUUGUCUUAUACCAAUUCUGUGUUAUGAAUGAAAUUGUAAUCAUGAGGUUCUGUUUAACUUGAGACAAAAAUAUAUGGUCCAAAGGCAGAGAUCUGUAACCCAGUCACUUCAGAUUAGAGUAUUUUCAUUGUAUUAAAUCUCUGUAUACUGCUGCUGUGUACAUCCUCAGGUUAAAUCUGAGGAUGUUUCAUGACUUUCCAUGCGAUUCUUCUCUGUGCCACUUCUCAGGAUGGAUGAGAAUUUGAUUUUGAGAUAUUUCCGGAGUUCAUGUUGAAUGUCAGUUUAGUUUAUGGAAAUACUUUUCACACAGUACACGUUCUCCCAAAGAUUUAGUGCAGUUAUUUUAGUUAAGUACUUUAUCUACUUUUAAAAUUUUAUAGUUUACUUGAUUAGCCUUUAAGGAAGCAGUUUUAAUGAAUGUAAGUAGCUUGAUUUAAAUACUGUUUGAAGAGCUGAAUUAAAAAUGAAUUUAAUUUUGA